AUGCGGCUCGACGUCAAGAGGCAGCUAUUUGCCCGUUCCGAGCGGGUAAAGGGGAUUGAUUUCCACCCUACAGAGCCAUGGAUUUUGACAACCUUGUACAGUGGUCAUGUCUACAUUUGGUCUUAUGAAUCACAGUCUAUCAUCAAAACAUUCGAACUCACCGAUGUCCCCGUCCGUGCCGGUCGAUUCAUUGCGCGGAAGAACUGGAUUGUAUGCGGUUCGGAUGACUUCCAACUCCGUGUCUACAAUUACAACACUUCCGAAAAAAUCACGUCUUUCGAAGCACACCCGGAUUAUAUCCGUUCCAUUGCCGUCCAUCCUACUCAGCCAUUUGUGCUCACAGCCUCCGAUGACAUGACAAUUAAGCUUUGGGAUUGGGAGAAAGGCUGGAAGUGUGUCCAGAUCUUUGAAGGUCACAGCCACUAUGUAAUGGGAAUGUCAAUCAACCCCAAGGACACCAACACUUUUGCAUCCGCUUGUUUGGACCGCACCGUUAAGAUCUGGAACCUCGGUUCCCCCCAUGCCAACUUCACCCUCGAAGCCCACGAGACGAAAGGUGUCAACCAUGUCGAUUAUUACCCGCAGGCUGAUAAGCCAUACCUUCUCACCACUUCCGACGACAAGACCGUCAAGAUCUGGGAUUACACCACAAAGGCUCUCAUUGCAACCCUUGAGGGUCACACAAGCAAUGUUUCCUUUGCUUGCUACCAUCCCGAAUUGCCUGUGAUUAUUUCAGGUUCCGAGGACGGUACCAUUAAGAUCUGGCAUGCCAACACCUACCGCCUGGAGCAGUCAUUAAGCUAUGGCCUAGAACGGGCAUGGUGUGUUUCCUACCAGCGGGGCAGACAGGGAAUUGCCAUGGGUUUCGACGAUGGUGCCGUGGUGGUGAAGAUGGGCCGGGAAGAGCCUGCCGUAUCCAUGGAUGGAUCUGGUAAGCUCAUCUGGGCCAGACACAGUGAGGUUGUCUCAUCAGUGAUUAAGGGUGGCGAUGCCAGCAUCAAGGAUGGUGAGCCCCUUUCACUACCGACGAAGGAUUUGGGGCAAUGCGAGGUGUACCCACAGACUUUGUCACACUCUCCCAAUGGAAGAUUUGUGUCUGUUUGUGGCGAUGGAGAAUACAUUAUUUACACCGCAUUGGCGUGGAGAAACAAAGCCUUUGGCCAGGCUCUUGACUUUGCCUGGGGUGCGAAAGACAACAGCAACGACUAUGCUAUCCGGGAAUCAUCGACAAGUGUCAAGAUUUUCAGAAACUUUAAGGAACAGAGCGCCGGUCUCGAUGUUGGAUUCCAAGCCGAGGGUCUGUCCGAUGGUGUUCUUUUGGGUGUGAAGGGCCAGGGUGGUAUUGGAUUCUUCGACUGGGAGACUGGUAGUCUGGUUCGCAGAAUCGAAGCUGACCCGAAAUCCGUCUUCUGGUCUGAAUCCGGCGAGCUAGUUACGCUUGCCUGUGAGGAAGAUUUCUAUGUUCUGCGCUACUCACGCGAAGAAUAUAUCAACGGUCUGAAUGCUGGCGAGGUCGAUGAGGAUGGAGUAGAGGCCGCUGUUGAAUUGGUUGCCACAAUCAAUGAGUCCGUCCGGACGGGUCAGUGGGUUGGGGAUUGCUUCAUUUACACCAACUCCACGAACCGCUUGAACUAUCUUGUCGGUGAUCAGACUUAUACAAUCUCUCACUUUGACCAGCCAAUGUACGUCCUAGGCUACCUGCCCAGGGAUGGCCGUAUCUACCUUGCCGACAAGGAUGUCAACGCUGUCUCCUUUGGCCUUUCUCUUAGCAUGGUUGAGUACCAGACAGUGGUGCUGCGUGGCGACAUGGAUAUGGCAUCUGAACUUCUUAAGGAUGUACCGCAAGACCAGAUGAACAAGGUCGCCCGCUUCCUCGAGGGACAAGGUUAUAAGGAGUUGGCUCUGGAAGUCGCCACAGACCCCGAGCACCGCUUCGAGUUGGCCCUUGCGCUCAGCGACCUCGAGACCGCACUUCAGAUCGCCCGAGAGGCUGACGUUGAGCACAAAUGGAAGAUUGUUGGUGACGCUGCCCUGACUGCCUGGAACCUCACUUUGGCUCAGGAGUGCUUCACCAACGCUAAGGAUGUGGGAUCACUCCUGCUGCUGCAUACUGCCAGCAGUAACCGCGAAGGUCUCAAGUCCCUGGCCGCCCAAGCCUCGGAAUCAGGCCUCCACAACGUCGCUUUCUCCACUCUCUGGUCCCUCGGAGAUAUCGAUGGCUGCAUCGCUCUUCUUGUCCAAACCAACCGCAUUGCAGAGGCAGUCCUCUUUGCCCAAACUUACAAGCCCUCGCGUGCUGCCAAGCUAGUUGUUCAAUGGAAGGAAUCUCUUGAUCAAGCCGGCAAGACCAAGGUUGCCCGCCUUAUUGGUGUGCCUCCUGGUGCCCCCGAUGUCGCUGCUGACGAUGACCUCUUCCCUGAAUGGGAAGAGUACAUCCAGCUUGAGAAGGAGAGUGUUGUUCCCGAACCUGCUUCGUCCGAAUCCUUGAUUGAUGUCAAUGAGGUUGAGGACGAGGAGCCAGCUAGCGCGAUCAACGGCGCAUCCGAAGCAGAAGAGAGUGAAGAGACCGAGACGGCCGAAGAGGCUGCAGUGAAUGAGGCCGAUGCUGCCGAGGCUGAGUAA